AUGCUUCCUCUCGGUCUUCUCACGGCCGCUCAAGGCCACCCGAUGCUGGUGGAGCUGAAGAAUGGCGAAACCCUCAACGGCCACCUCGUGACGUGCGACAACUGGAUGAACCUGAUCCUCCGCGAAGUCGUGCAAACCAGUCCUGAAGGCGAUAAGUUCUUCAAAUUGCCCGAAGUUUACAUCCGAGGAAACAAUAUCAAGUACCUCCGAGUCCCAGAUGAAAUCGUCGAUAUCGUUAGGGAACAACAGCAGAACCAACCACAAAACCGACGGGGCGGACAUGGUCGAGACGGUGGGCGUGAUCGCGGCCGUGGUGGUGGUCGUGGAGGCCGGGGUCGUGGUCGUGGCCGUGGCGGACCCGUUGGUGUAUAA